CGUUCCCCAGGAACAAAAUGUGGGGUGGUUAGUUUGUUAUCUGCAUUGGCCUCUGCCCUCUGGGCGAGAUAAUGCGCGCCUUUGCAGUGUCAGUGUACUGUUCCUCCUUUCCUUGUGUUUUGCUACAAACUUCCACUGCUAGCACCAGCCCUUCACUCUUUCUUUCUAAAUUUCCCUUCCUUAGCUCGCAAACUACAUCUUCUGCGUCUCUAAUAUACCUUCUUCCCCAAUCCAGGCCCAUCCCCCACUGUUCCAACACAGAUCCUGGUUUGUUGGAUGAAUAUUAUGAUGACGAUGAUGAUCAUGAUGACGAUGAUGAUCAUGAUGACGAUGAUGAUCAUGAUGAUGAUGAGGGUUACUCGUUUGUAGGUGAAGAUGGGAUUUUUAUUGAGAUAAAGAAGCUUGCAAGAAACUCCAGGAGAAUUCGGUCCAAGAUUGUCGUAAACGCCAAUUUGGAUACCAUUUGGGACAUUUUGACGGAUUAUGAGAAAUUGGCUGAUUUUAUUCCCGGUCUUGCCGUUAGCAAAUUAAUUGACAAGAAAGACAAAUUCGCUCGACUUUACCAGAUUGGACAGCAAAAUUUGCCAUUUGGGCUGAAGUUUAAUGCUAAAGCUAUUUUGGAUUGUUUUGAGAAAGAUAUUGAGACUUUUGCUUCUGGGAAAAGGCGGGAUAUUGAAUUUAAGAUGACCGAAGGUGAUUUCCAGUUUUUUGAAGGAAAGUGGUCUAUUGAACAGGUCAAUAAACCAAGACCUGAAGACAGUAAUUCCUCCCUUGCUCAAGAAUUUGAAACAACUCUUUCAUAUUUAGUGGAUGUAAAGCCUAAGCUGUGGCUUCCUGUUCACCUAGUUGAAGGUAGACUCUGUAAGGAGAUACAGACAAACCUAUCAUGCAUCCGAGAAGAAGCACAGAAGGUGAUUCACAACACUCUGAAUACUCAAUAGCAUCAUUUACUUGACCAAAUAAUUCGUGCAGAGCAACUCUUUCAGGUGUAUUUCAUUUAUGAUUUCAUCUUGUAAAUUCUGCUAGAAUAAAGAAUUUAAUUUUCCUGUCAUUUCUAGUUAUAAUGGGCUCGUUGUCAAUGAGAGAACUGGAAAAGGAAGCAAAAUCCAAAGGAAAUUACAUAAUUGCCCUUGUUUGAUCUGUAGUUCAUUUAGUGUGAUUCAGGUUUUGUUCU